UAUUUCUAUUAAGAUAUAUUAACACCAUCAUCAACUAAUGAUACAAAAGAACCUAAUGCAAUAAUCAAUGCUCGUAAUUUAUAUCAUUCAUGUAUCAAUGAACAACAUAUUGAAGAUGAAGGUAUCAAUCCAAUACUUUCAUUGAUUAAUAAUGAAUUUGGUGGUUGGCCUAUUAUACAAAGUUUGUGGGAUAAUUCAACUUUCAAUAUAUUAGAUCUUCUACUUAAAUUACGAAAAUAUAAUAAUGAUAUUAUAUUUAGUAUUAGCACAUCAAUUGAUGAGAAGAAUUCGACAGAAUAUGAUCUUAGAAUUGGUCAAGCUGAUCUUGGAUUGAGUCAACAAGAAUAUUAUAUGAAUGAAUCAAAAAUUACUGUGGCUUAUCGACGAUAUAUGUUUGAGUUAGCAUCAUCAUUAUCAAAUGAUACAUCAACAAUCGAACAAGAUGUGAAUGAUAUGUAUGAAUUUGAAAAAGAAAUUGCUAAAUUUGACUUCACUACUUAUUUAACUUUAGCUUAUGCAUCGGCUAAUGUAACUCUCAUGGAUAGUGAUCUUGUUAUCGUAAGAGAAAUCGAUUAUUUAUAUAAUGUUUCAUCAAUUAUCCAUCAAAUGUCACCACGUAUAUUACAAAAUUAUGUUAUAUGGCGUUUUAUGAUAAAUCUAAUUAACAGUUUACCAAAACGAUUUCGAAGCAUUAAAGAAAAUCUUAAUCGUGUAUUACGUGGUACUACUGUUGAACGAGCACGUAUAGUUAUUUGUAGAAAUUAUGUAAAUAGUAACAUGGGAUUUGCCGUGUCAAAACUUUACAUAAAAAAAUAUUUUGAUAAUAAUGCUCGAAAUCAAACAUUUGAAAUGGUUGCUAAUAUUCGAAAAGCAUUUAUUGAUAUGCUUCAAGGUUCAACAUGGAUGGAUAGUAUGUCAAAAAAUAAAGCCAUAGAAAAAGCUUUAGCUAUUGAUGAAAAAAUUGGAUAUCCAGACUAUUUAGCUAGUGAUAAUGUUACACAGUUAGAAAUACAAUAUGCUGACUAUGUCUUCGAUUCAUCUUUUAUCAAUAAUAUCUUCAAAUUACUUCAAAUAAAAGCCAAAGAAGAAUUUCAAAUUCUUCGAAAAUCUGUUGAUCACAAAGCAUGGGGUUCUAAUCCACCGACUGUUGUUAAUGGUUUUCAUGCAUCAUCAAAAAAUCAAAUUACGUUUCCAGCUGGUAUUCUACAAAUGCCUUUUUUUCAUAAAGAUGCACCAAAAUAUUUGAAUUAUGGUGGUAUUGGAGUUGUCAUUGGUCAUGAAAUAACUCAUGGAUUUGAUGAUAGUGGUCGUCAGUUUGAUAAAGAUGGAAAUCAAAUUCUAGGGUGGACAAAUGAAACAAUAGAAAGAUUUAUUGAACAUAAAACAUGUAUUGUUGACCAAUAUAGUAAUUUUACUGUACCAAAUCUUAAUAUCCAUGCAAAUGGAAAUCAAACACAAAAUGAAGAUAUUGCUGAUAAUGGUGGAUUACGUGAAGCUUUUUAUGGUUAUCAAAAGUUCACACAAGCUAAUCCAAAUGCUGAUAAAAGACUUCCAGGUCUUUCAAAAUAUUCACCUACACAAAUGUUGUUCAUCAAUUAUGCAUAUACAUCGUGUGAAAAAAUGACUGAUUCAUAUGUACUUGAUCAUGUUCUACACGAUCUUCAUUCAUCAGGACAAUUUAGAGUCAAUGGUCCUACAUCAAAUUUUGUUGAAUUUGAUCGAGCAUUCAAUUGUAAACCAGGUCAAGGAAAUAGUCGAGUGAAAAAAUGUACUGUAUGGUAA